AUGAAAGCUUACAUUGUAUUUCCGGUCGUUUCUUACUUUGUCAUUGUCACGAAACUCACUAUUGCAACAGGACCUCCAGAAUGGGAUAAGUUGCUUGCUGAUACUUCCAAUAUACAACCAGUACAGCAAGAAGAAGAUCCCCAAUCACAAUUUGCUUCUUUUCCCCCAACUUCUACAUUACAUCAAAUCGAGAAGUCAUCAACGACUCCAGUAGGAAUCGAAAGAAAGAAAACUAAACGUAAACUUCUCGAAGAUCCUAGAAAUGUGGCAAGACGACUUCAAUAUGCUCACAAUAAGAGCCUAAGUCCUAUAAAAAAGAAAGUUACGGAAGCAGAAAAAUCUCAAGAAUUAAAAGAAAGAGCACGCCAGAAAAAGGAAAAAUUUCGAAAAAAACUGAGGCUGCCUGGAAAUGAGGAAAAGCAUCGUGAAUAUAAAGCAAGUACUGCAGAGUACAAUCGACGUUAUAGGAGUAGUAUUUUGAAAAGACUUGCAGAUGGAACAAUCUCGAAAGAGAUGAAGGAAAAUUACGAAAAGCGAAAACGAAGGAAAAUCGAAAGUAACAAAGCCAGAGAUCGAAGAAACGUGACUGGAAAGGCUCAAAAGAAGCUCAAAGAAAAGCCAAGCUGA